AUGGCGGCCCACGUAAGGCUCCCGUCAUUAUCGCCUUCGCUCACCUGGUUCCAUGGCACAAACCCAAGCAAGCUCUGGGAGUUCCUCGAGCGUGGAGGCGUUGCCGCAAACGCACCACCCGCCUCACGAUGGAGCCUCCAAGGCCAUUAUGACCGGUCGGGAAAGCCCCACACCGUCCGAACGCCGGGCGCCAUGUUCGUCGAAGAUAUAGAUCCGGCCGACUUUGACCCGGGCUUCUUUAACAUAUCGACUGCUGAUGCCAUCGCUAUUGACCCUCAGCAGCGGCAGCUACUCGAAGUGGUCUAUGAGGCGAUGGAGAACACCGUAUUGUCGUUGGAGUCCCUCAACAGAGCCCCCGACGGCUGUUUUGUGGGAUCAUAUGCAGUCGAUUAUCAAGACAUGCAAAUGCGUGAUCCUGAGGACCGAGUCGAUGGGAUGACGAUUGGAGUAGGCCGAGCGAUUUUGAGUAACCGUAUCAGCCACUUCCUGAACCUCAGUGGAGCUAGUAUGACUAUCGAUACCGCAUGCUCGGGGAGUCUAGUUAGUGUUGAUGUUGCCUGCCGAUGCCUUCAAACCGGCCAGGUGGAAGGCGCGAUUGUGGCCGGAGCGAACCUCUACCUCAGCCCCGACCAGAGCCGAGACAUGGGAGCCAUGCGUACCGCCUCGUCAGCUAGCGGCCGCUGUCAUACUUUUGACGCAAAAGCAGAUGGCUAUUGUAAAGGUGAGGCCAACUGUAAAUGA